ACGAAAAUCUCGCCAUCAAACAGUGAUCGAUUUUCUCUGCGUGCACGAGUUUGUCAAUGCCACAGUUCAACAUACAAGCUUCUCAAUAUAAUUCAGUCCGCCCGGGAUGUUCUACUAAGUGGUGUGGCUUAGGAUUAAUCGAUAGCCAGCAUCGAGAAAAGUAUUUGUAGCGACCUUGAAUCGGCAGUUUGGUGUGAUAAAAAUGUGUUUCCUGACUAGUUUGCUACUCUCGGUAUUCCUACUAGGUCAAGACGUCGCGGCACAAGGGGCCGUCACCUCUGAACCGCAAACCACCAAGCCGCCGCCGACAAACGGUUGCUUGGACACUAAGCGCAAGGAGGUUGAGAGCUGUAUCAACCAGCUGAGAACGGGCCUUGUGUCGAAAAAAACGACUGACGUUAACAACUUCCUGUGCGACGCCACCAGCGCCACACAGAAGGAGCGCCUCGAUUGCGUCAUCAAGUAUUUCCGGGAGUGCAAGGAAGUCGUACCGGCGGAAUUCCUAACCAUGCUUCGACAUGUCGGCGCACAAUUUUACGCCGAAGACUUGUUCCAUCUCCGAUCCGCUGACGAGUUUUGUGAGUGCGCGAAGACUCAUCACUGCUUGUCCGAGCUCGAUUUCAAUCAGAUGGCUCAAGAACUAGACCUGAAGCACGAGUACCCAUGGAAACACAUAGCCAAUCCGGAAUAUAUAUGUGGGCGGGGUCUUAGUAACAUCGACUGUGUUGGUCGCUCGCUGCCCGUGUGUACCCAGUAUCUACAGCACAAGCACAACCGGACCGUCCAGGACGCCAAGGUCAAGGUCGCUUGGGUAAAUGUUGCUGACCUCGAGUACGCUCAUACAUUUGCGAAGAAGCGGUGCAAGAUUUGGUCAGAAGAUAACCACAGGUGCACGGAGAAGAGGGUGCGCUGGCAUUCACUGGCGGGGUGCACCGACCUCGCCCAGAAUUUCAAAGACGAGGAGGAACGGAAAUGCGGCAUGCGGAGGUGUAUCGAGAUCUACAUGAGCACGUGCCCGCCCGGUGACAUGGACUACUUUAUCGACGCCAUUAACGUGUUUUCUAAGAACAAAAUCAAGGAUACGACUUGUUCCUCGGCAAUCGCAACUAUAGCAACAGUUGCUGCCGUCUGCACUCCACUGCUCAUGUCGUUGGUUUUUCGUUAUGCAUAAUCCGCUCGUGUGCUGUAAUAAAUGAUUUAUAUUUAACUUGAAUGAAUGAAGUGAAGUUCAAAAGCAAUAUGCACGAUUCUAGUGGUCAUUCAGGGCAGAUAAUUCACAAUAACGCUUAUAUACCGUUGAUAUUCAUAUUGUCGUUCAUCCAUUUUACGAAAAUAUUUGACAAUUUUUCAUUAAAAGAUACUUGUACUUAUUCAACCUCUUCGCCCGUUGCUUAAGAAAAAUUCCAUUAAUCAGCCGUCCCACUUCUACAAGUGUGUGCACAUGCUGAUGGGAAUCUGUAGUAACAAUACGGCUGAUAGGCAACGUUGUUAUUUGAUAAAAUUUGAUAGACUUAUUUGCAUAUUAUUUACAUUUUUGGAAUCAUAUAUAUUGAUAUUUUUAACUGCCAACGAUAUUUAAUUAUAACUGUCUACAAAUUAUUGAUAUAAGAAACAAAUUUGUGUACAUUUAUUGCACGAUAUAUAGUAGACCGAACAUUGUUGUGUAUCAUGUAACCUUAUCAGUUUACAAAUUUAAGUAACACUCUCAUCCCCAGUUAGAACCACUCUAAAGAUAUAAGUAUCUUAAAACAAAUAGUACAUUAAUGUGUAUCUUAGGGUUUGAAAUAUACAGAAAUGCAUUAUACCAAUGGAAUAAAGAAACUAGACAUA